UUCACGUAAAAAUGUUCCAACACCCCACUCAAGCGCGCCCCCAAACGAAAACCAACCAUACGCAAAAAAACGUUUUUGCAUUACUCUGUCUUGACUUCAACAAUCCCAAAUUCUUUACUUACCGCCGUCUCUUUUCUCUCGAUCCGCGCUUUUUUGUCUCCUCCCCAUACGCACUUCUCUCUCCCUCUCGCUCCAAUCUUGAAGCCGUUGAUUCGUCUAUUUUCUUGCUGAUCAUCAUUUCUUACAAAUUUUCUCGCGAUUUGCGAUCGUUCGGAAGAUCUUUUCAUGGCUGUCUGUAAACGCCUGGCUCAGUUUGGGGCUAAUUCGAUUCGAGGGUUUUCUUACGGUUCUCUUGGUGCUUUUGAGAUUAGCUGUAGAAGGAUUUCGGAGUUCGCUAAACCUAAUGGAAACCGUGCAUUUCUCGUUGACACAUUAGCUCUGGUUAGGAGUUUGGAGGCACAAGGCGUGCCCUCGAAACAAGCCGAGGCGAUUACUGCUGCCAUCAUUAAGGUUUUGAAUGAUAGUUUGGAGAAUGUGGCCCAUUCUUUUGUUUCCAAAGCAGAAAUGCAGAAGUCAGAGAUGCUUCAAGAAUCAAAUUUGUCCAAGUUUAAAUCUGAAGUACAAGGUUCCCAGGAGCAUCAUUUUUCUAUGUUGCAACGCGAGACUGAGAAGCUUCGUGGUGAUAUAGAGAAGAUGCGGAGUGAACUGCGGUACGAGAUUGACAAGGUCACUGCAGGGCAACGUUUAGACUUGAAUCUUGAAAGAGGGCGCAUACGUGAUGAGCUGGCAAAUCAGAAUGCAGAAACAACGAACCUCACAAACAAACUUGAUCGAGAGAUUCACGCAUUAAGAGCUCAAUUGGAAGCUGCAAAAUAUGAUGUGAUCAAAUAUUGCAUUGGUACCCUUGUCUCCAUAUCUGCAGUUGGUCUUGCAGUUAUUCGCAUCUUGAUGUAGUCCAUAACUUCUUUUCCUAAUCACAAUUGUACUAGACAAAUGUAGAAAGAAAUAUUAGAUGUCAUUCUUUCGAAGGCGAUUUUAAUGCCAGAAAAAUUUCAAAUUUGUGCAGUUGUUGGCUCAAAGAGUACAUCUAUAUUGCUUGGAACAAGUCAUUUUGUUCCCCUCCGAGAUUCAUGCAACUACUGUUGCAUAUUUUUUAGUACUUUGCAUAUUUUAGAGGCAAAGCAGAAGAUACAUUGAUAAAUGAAUAUGCUACGUUGAGGGCACUCUGAUUUACGUUUACAUGUUUUCUCGCCUUUAUAAUCUUGGCUUGUUUAUCAUAAUUAAUUCUUAAGGAAAUUUGAGAUUUGCUCCUAGUGACAAUUUUUAUUGCAGAACACCCCGAGG